UUAAGAAAUAUUGAAAAAAUAGGAGUGGAGGUAUUUUGCGCCGUGACGUAAUCGUCGUACAUACUACACUAUGAUAAGCAUUAAAAGCAUGGAUAGCAUGCUUUCUUUUAUUCUUUAGCCUUUUGCUUUUACGGCUUACACUGUUUACAGCGUUUAUUUAAUUAUCAUUAUCUUUUUAAAAUUUGUAAUUUGUAUUUUAAAUUGUUUAUUAGUACGCAAUAUUAAUAAUGGCUACAACCAAUAAACAUAAAGGUGGUUCUGUUUGUGCAGUUUCUACGUGUGUCAAUUAUUCUGGAAAAUUAAAACAAGAUGGAAUAUCUAAUAUAUCUUUUCAUAGGUUUCCAAAGAACUCGACUCUGCAGAAAGAAUGGAUUCUGAAAUGUAAACGUGCUGACAAUUGGAACCCUUCUUCUUCAUUCAUAUGUUCUGCACAUUUUAAGGAUGACGAAUUUAUCCGUGAUCUACAAGCCGAACUAUUAGGAUAUGCUCCUAAAGGACGGAGAUUAAUACCUGAUGUCAUUCCCUCCUUAAACCUGCCUGGGCCUUGUAUACAAGGAAAUCAAGUUUCACAUCAACUUCUAAUCGCAGUAAAAGAAUGGAAGCUAAAUCCUCCAAACAGGUAA